GCCGCGCUCCCGGGCGCCGGCGGCGCGUGGCAUCCUGGGAGUUGUAGUUCUCCGGGCCGCAGGCCAGGGCCUUCCGUUGUCCACCGGCUUUUUUGGAGUGCGCGCUGUUUCCCUAAGAGCAGCGUCCCUUUUACUUCUGCUUUCGUUAAACACUGGCCACACAGGAGGCGUCCACGCUGCCCAGAGGGCUACCAGGCAGGGCGGACGUGGAGGCGCAAAAUUCUGUGCCAGCCCCGUGCCCCGGCCACCUUGUCCUCGCCCAGCCCGGCAGGAGGCCCGCAGGGUCCAGCAGCCGACGCGGCCCUGCUUCAAGCCAGGAAGUGGACAAAGCUUCGAAGUCCACGACGCUUCCUGGUCGUGGUAGCAAGUCCCCUCGGGGCAAGCUCCGGGGAGAAAUCUCAGGCCAGGCCGUGUCCAGCGUUAUCCAGGCCCAAAGAGAGCGGGGGGGGGGCUCUGAGCUGAGCCCUUCCGUGUAGCUCCUCUGUGGGCCACAGGGGACAUGAGGGGGUCCCUGAGGACCCUGGAGCCAAGACGCAGGCGGAGGGGGGGGGUCUACCCCAGACCCUCCGCCCACAGAGCACCAGGAGCCGCUCCCCGGCCCCUCGACGUGGUCAGCGCCUCCCAGAGGGUCCCCGAUCCGAGGCGGCCCCCGCCCCGCCCUCCCGUGGUCUCCCAUCCCAGGGGAGCUGGAAUUUUCUGGGCGUCUUCCUCCCGGGUUCUCUAGGGCGGCCCUGCUCACUGCUGCACACAGUAGGCGCUCAAUAAAUGCUGAAGCCCCGCCCCCAUCACUGAGCCGGCUGGGUUAGGAGCCGGAGACCGGCGAACACCUGUCAGCGCCUGGAAGCGCAGGUAACCAGGGAGUCUCACCUGGCGCCGCGCCCUGCACCUUGGGCCGGAACGUGGGCGCCCCCUGGUGGAGCCUCCGGAGGUGUGCGCCCGGCCCGGCCCGGACUGGCAGGUGCGGCGGCCGCCCCCAUGCUGCGCUCACCCUCCAGCGCCCCCACGGCCCCUUGCCGAGGGCACCUGCACCUACCCCUCUGGGCCGCGGCCAAGACAUAGAGGGAGGCCGAGCGACAGAGCUGAGCGGACGACAAAAGGCAAAGAAAUGCAGUCCCGAGGGAGGGACGAGGGGGAGUCCGGACCGAACACCCGACAGGCCCGAGGGUCGCAGUGGGGCUGGAGACCCUGGAAGACCCCUGAGAGAGUCCCUGACGCCCCGGCUGGGCCUGCUGUGCACCUGCCACCAGCACCCAGGCCCCACGUCCCCUCGGUAGCCUCCCUGGGGAGAAAGCUGCAGGCCAGUCUUGGCUUCCCCUGGAGCCAGGGAAGGCGGCAGGGGCAGGUGGGCGUCGGCCCCACACCUCGGAGGCUCCCUCCGGCCCCCUCCCCAGGACGCCAAUUAAGGGUCCUCCACGCUAAUCGCUGCGGUUGACACGCUCUGGCCGCCUCGCCUCCCUCCGGAAGCCUUUGUCCCCUUAAUUGGCUAUCUCCAGGCGCUUUUCUCUGCACCUGCCCACGCGCCCGGCCUGGAUCCCAGGUCCAGCUAUGUGGUAAUUGGGCACUGGAGGGGAGGGGGCGGUGCGCAGAAAGCCCCCUCCCCUCCCUGCCCCAUGCCCGCCUAUAUCAGCCCCUCACCUGCUGGGCCCUCAAACCGCGGGGCACGGAGAGAGGUCUUGUCCUGUCCCAGGGCCCCACCUCCAUACUCCCCACCCCGCGCCUCGGCCGUGUCCACCUGCGCCUCUUCUCCUGCUCGGCCAUGCACCCCGGAGUCCCCGCAGCCCCCGGGGUCUCCGAGCCCGGCCCCAGGGAGCUGUGCGCCUUCGUGAGCGGGGCGGCUGCCCACAUGCUGCGGGCCCUGCAGCCCCGGCGCUCCAAGCCCCCCAAAAGGAAGCCCAACCACAGACGGUUCCUGCACAACCAGAUCUGCAGGCAGUUCGCCACGAUCGAGGCGGCCACGCAGCGCCUGGCCCUGUCCAUCCUGUCCCAGGAGGCGCCUCCCCAGAGACGGCCACCCCGAAGGCCGCCCCCACCGCCGCCGUCCCCCUUCCUGGGGGUGGCCUGCGCCGAGGCCCCCACGGAGGGGCCCCACGCCAGCCCCAGCCUGAGCCUCGCCGCCCUGGACGCCGCCACCCUGGACCUCUUCGAAGACAUCGCACUGGCCCCAGAGAGCCCCGCCCCUCAGCUGGCCGCAGCUGGGCCGGCGCCACCUGUCCCCGACGCCCUGACCCACACCCAGCAUGCCCUGGAGGGGGCGGCCUCCGAGUGGGGCUGGGCGGACAGGUGGGAAGUGCCCUGUGCCUGGGAUUCGCCCGGGGCCCCGGACGGCUGGGGGGCCUGCUGCCCGUGAUGGCCAGCCCAGGCCCAGCAGGCGCCCCAGCCCUGCGGAGGCGGGCGCAGCCUCACCGCUGGUCCUGGGCGGGGGGCUCCCUCUCACGCCCCUCCCUGGCGCCGCUGCGCCCAGUGUCUGCCCCCGACCCGGACCCCAGGGCUGGCAAUAAACCUGACCGCAAAGCC